AUGCCACAACCUACAGCAAAUUGGAGUGCAACAGUUGGUAACCGAUUGAUAUUCGAACAUCAACAACUACAUAAUGAGGCACAACAGACAAAUGUGCAAAUUACUAUUGAUCGCCUCAAUAAUGGACAACGAACUGCUUAUAACGCAAUCACUUCUUCAGUCUUUGAAAGUAAAGGGACUAUUUUCUUUUUGAAUGGCGGUGCUGGAACGGGGAAAACAUUUUUGUACAAUACGAUUGCAUUAAAAUGUCGCAGCCUUGGCCAUAUUGUUGUUGCCGUGGCUUCAUCUGGAAUUGCAUCAUUGCUAUUAGUAGGAGGUCGCACUGCACAUUCAACAUUUUCCAUUCCAUUGGAUGUCUUGGAAAAUUCAGUUUGUGGGUUUAGCAAGCAAUCAUUACAGGCUGAAUUGUUUAGAGAAACAAAACUCAUAAUUUGGGAUGAAGUUCCUAUGCAACAUAGACAUUGUGUUGAGGCAGUUGAUCGCACACUUCGAGAUAUUUGUGAUUGUGAAAAGCCAUUUGGGGAUUUGAAUAUGCGCUUGAAUCAUGCAAACCUUGGAAAUGCUAUUUUUGCAAAAUUCUUGACGGAGGUUGGAAUCAAUUUGCAAGAAAUCAUUAAAAUUCCAUCAACAAUACACAGAUGCCAGAAUCUAAAGGAAUUACUCUCAGCAGUUUAUCCACAAUUGGAUGUGGCAGAUACAUCAACCCCAUCAUUUUUAAUGGAACGUACAAUUCUUUCUGCACGAAAUGAUGAUGUCAGUGCUAUCAAUAUUGCUGCGUUGAAUAUUUUUCCAGGGAAUACGUAUACGUAUCUUGCUGCAGAUAAGAUGGCUGAAGAUGAUGAAAUUGAUCCUUCCAUUACAAACAGAUAUCCUAAUGAGUUUUUAAAUUCAUUGGAUCCUCCUGGGCUACCAACUUUUAAGGUAGAGUUGAAAGUGGGUUGUCCUAUAAUGUUAUUAAAAAACAUUGCACCGAAAGAUGGACUGUGUAAUGGCACAAGAUUGAUGGUAUCAAGGUGCGACACUCGCAUAAUUGAAGCUCGAAUCCUAACUGGAGAGAAGUUUGGCAAUUUGGCAUUUAUACCAAGGAUAUCAUUGACUCCGUCUUCUGCAGAAAUGCCUUUCCGAAUGACAAGACGUCAAUUUCCAAUUCGAUUGGCUUACGCUUUGACCAUUAACAAAUCUCAAGGACAAUCUGUGAAAUUUGUUGGGGUUGAUUUGCGUACACCUGUUUUUAGUCAUGGGCAACUAUACGUGGCAUUAUCCAGAUGCACAUCUUUCGAUCGUAUAAGUAUCCUCCUCCCUAAUGAUGAGCCAGAUUCCACUACAAAUAUUGUUUAUCCUGAAGUUUUGUUAUGA